AUGUCGCUGACCUUCGACCCGCCCCUGAUCCGCGACGUGGACUACGUGCUCGCCGUGCGGUCGCCGACGUGCAUGCAGCUCGUGCUGAAGACGGGCCGCAAGUGGCGCAGCGACGGCGAGCCGGGCCCGCUCCGGCUCCGGCGCAUCGACUCCGGCGCGGGCGCGCUCCGCAUCGACCCCAAGUUCGGCGGCGUCAUCGUCGCCGAGGUCCAGGUGGACCUGGGCGGCCACGGCGUCAUCGCGUCGCCGUCGCCCCAGACGCUCCUCUACCAGAACGCGCCGAGCCUCGUCAUCAAGGGCAGCGGCUUCGCGCACGUCAACGAGGUCGCGAACUUCGGGUCCCCGCGGCUCCGCUGGGGCAACGGCCUUCUGGGCCGCGGCGUCAACUACACCGUGUCCACCUUCGACGACAACAAGGUCGAGCUCGUGCUCAAGCCGGGCUCCGUCUGGCGCCGCAACGGCGCGAACCUGCCCGCGCCGCUCACGCUUUUAGCGGCCGACGUCGGCUCGGGCCUCGUGGCCAUGGGCGCGACGGAGGCGCGCAAGGGCGUGCGCGUCGCCACGGUCUUCGAGGCGCCGAAGAUCAACCCGCAGCCCCUGACGUCGCUCUUCCGCACGCACAGCGCGCAGCUCUGGAUCACGGGCGUGGGCUUCACGCGGCCGGGCUCCGUCGGCGGCGGUUUCGGCGGCGAGAUGAAGCUCGACUUCGAGCCCGAGCUCAAGGUCGGCCAGGACUACACGCUCACGGUCUUCAACCGCACGCACCUCCUCGUGCGGCUCCGCGAGGGCCGCGCCUGGGCCGCGGCGCCGGGCCCGCUCUACGUCGUCGGCUGCGACGCGGGCGCGGGGCCCUACGAGGCCUUCAAGCCCGCGGCCGUGGCCCACAUUUUGCCCGACGCCGACUCCCACCCGUCGGGCGUCGAGGUCACGCGGACGAACUCCCAGGUGCUCUACCAGACGCCGGCGAUCCGCCACCUCGAGAUCCACGGCUCGAGCCUGUCCAUGGAGGCGAAGCUCGUGUUCAGCCCGCCGCUCUACAAGAACGUCGACUACAAGGUGCUCCGCGCGACGUCGGAUUUGAUGGUGUUGGGCCUCCUCGCGGGCAAGACCUGGCGCCAGACGGCGGGCCACCUCAUGCUCAUGUCCAUCGACACGGGCGACGGCGCCGUGGAGAUGGCGCACGGCACGGGCAUCGUCGUCGCCGACGUCGCCGCGAACCCGACCGUGGCCACGUCCACGGCGCGCAUCACGGCCUCCACGACGCGCCGCCUCUCCAUCUACGGCACGGGCUUCUCCAUCGACGGCACGGAGCUCACGCUCGAGCCGACGUCGCGGUCCGCGUACGACGUCGAGGCGGUCUACGAGAACGAGGUCGUGCUCCGGCUCCGCGAGGGCAAGACCUGGGGGUCCCUGGGCUCCGCCGAGUCCAUGCCCCUCGUGGUGACCAAGAUCGACACGGCCGCCGGCGAGUACAUCUUCCAGGACACCUACGGCAAGCCCCAGCCUGUUGUUGUGGCGUUGAUCGUCCCUGAUUCAGCUGCCACCACCAAGGGCGGCGACGUCAUGCGCUGCGACGACACGUGCAUGUGGGCCAACGACGGCGUCUGCGACGACGGCUCCAAGGGCCGGGGCAAGGACGGCGACGCCCGCGACGGCGCCUGGUGGGAGGACGACGACCUCGGGGGCUGGUACAGCGACGAGCGCGAGGACACGGACGAGUUCGACCAGUACGACUACGGCUACAUGUACGACGACUCCUACGGCUACUACGGCGACGACGCCGCCAUGCCCGCCUGCAUCGCCGGCACGGACUGCACGGACUGCGGCGGGCCCCUCGAGUUCAUGGCCGAGGACGACGACGCGGACGCGGACGCGGGCGACUGGGACGACGACGAGUGGUUCGACGACGACACGGAGGAGUGGUGGGACGACGACUACGACUUCGGCGAGGAGUGGGACGGCUUCGAGGACGACGAGAAGGACGGCGACGGGCCCAUCGGCAUCAUCUCCUCCGUCCAGCCCUCGAAGAAGCCGAACAAGCGACACAUGACCAAGGAGCAGCGCGAGGCCCUCAAGCACGGCUCCGGGGGCUUCUUCGACGUCGCGGCGCACCCCGCGGCGGCGGCGGGCGCGGCCCUCGCGGCCCUGGUCCUCGCCGCCGUCGGCUGCCUCUCCUUCUGCAAGAAGGAGGAGGGCCUCCCGACGGAGAACCCGUGCCUCGGCGGCAAGCGCAAGCAGGCCCAGGCGUGA